AUGGACAAAUUAGUCGCUCAGUACUCGCGUCCGCCUCACCAGAAUGAGUUCUAUUCGGAGCAAGAGCAGCAAGAUCUGACCGAGAGUCUCCCUCCUCUUUCUCUAAAAUUUGCUCUUCCCCCUGUUGCAAACUCCUCCGCUUUUCUCCGUGCUAUGACCGAUGAUCACUCAAAUCCCAGCUGCCCCAUCAAGCUUGCUCACGGAACAACAACACUGGCAUUCCGAUUCCAGGGUGGAAUUAUCGUCGCGACGGACUCGCGAGCGACUGCCGGAAACUGGAUUGCCAGUCAGACAGUGAAGAAGGUCAUCCCUGUUUCGCGAUUGAGUCGCGGUGAGGAUAAGAAGCAGAAUGCACCCGUCCCUGGCCUUCUGGGUACCAUGGCCGGUGGUGCUGCGGAUUGCCAAUAUUGGUUGAGAUAUCUGAGUCAGCAGUGCACACUUCAUGAAAUUCGGCACAAACGCCGUAUUACCGUUGCAGCGGCGUCCAAGAUUCUCGCCAACCUGACAUACUCCUACAAAGGAAUGGGUCUGAGCAUGGGAACGAUGUUGGCAGGCAUGACUCCUCAAGAAGGACCGGCCCUGUACUACAUCGACUCCGACGGCACACGACUCCCCGGAAACCUGUUCUGCGUCGGAUCCGGCCAGACAUUCGCUUACGGUGUGCUCGACGCCGAGUACCGGUAUGACCUGACGGAAGAGGAGGCGCUCCAGCUCGGACGCCGAAGCAUUCUUGCCGCUAUGCACCGCGAUGCCUACUCGGGUGGUUUCAUCAACUUGUACCAUGUCAAGGAAGAAGGUUGGGUCCACCACGGCUUUGAUGAUAUGAACCCCAUCUUCUGGAAGACAAAGUUGGAGAAGGGCGAGUUCUCGAAUGUUACGUCGGCGCUGUAG